AAACAUAAGUGUCGGUGAUAAUGAUGAUAGAUUAAUGCGGAACUCGAUCUCCCAGCAGCAGUAUCAUAUCAGAUUAAUAAACUUGAAUUCAAAUUACAGAAAUCAAUGCAAAUUGUCGGUUGCAACGCACUUCCAUCCAUAAACAACACAAGUCAAAAUCCUCUCACAUUUUUUAUUCAAGUGACUGAGUGAAUUCUACUUGCACUACACUAAGCAUUUUGCUUACACAAAAUCUCUUCAUUCCACAUUUAUUCUUCACUAGAUCUAGCCGUAGAUCACCGUCGAAUGCCGCUUCACUUCUUCUGAAUUCAACCGCAUCGGAACUCCUCCUUGAUAUUCACGAAAUGCAUAUUCUCAGUCCUGUUACUCCCGGUCAGGUUUCGUUCUUGCUCGGGCUCUUUCCGGUAAUUAUAGCAUGGAUAUAUUCCGAGAUUUUGGAGUUUCGCAAAAAUUCUUUAACGUCCAAAGCUAGGCACUCGGACAUCGGUUUAGUUGAAGUGCGCACUGAUGUUGUUAAAGAUGAAGAGACAACAGUUUUAUUGGAGGGAGGAGCUCUGCAGCCAGCAUCCCCAACUCCAAAAGCUCGAAGCUUCACUGCUUCAACAUCGAUUAUUCGGUUCUUCUUUUUGGACGAACAUUUCCUUCAUGAAAACCGUUUGACACUUAGAGCCAUGUCUGAAUUCGGUCUUCUUUUGGCCUACUACUAUUUGUGUGAUCGCACGGAUUUCUUUGGCUCAUCAAAAAAGAGUUACAAUAGGGAUCUAUUCAUCUUCCUCUAUUUUCUCCUCAUCAUAGUUUCAGCAAUAACUUCAUUUACAAUACAUCAUGACAAGUCACCAUUUUCUGGGAAAUCCAUACUUUACUUAAAUAGGCAUCAGACUGAAGAAUGGAAAGGCUGGAUGCAGGUAUUGUUCUUGAUGUACCAUUACUUUGCUGCAUCUGAAAUCUACAAUUCAAUCCGUUUGUUCAUUGCUGCAUAUGUUUGGAUGACUGGAUUUGGAAACUUCUCAUAUUAUUAUAUACGUAAAGAUUUUAGCAUGGCAAGAUUUGCUCAGAUGAUGUGGAGGCUUAAUUUCUUGGUAUUGUUCUGCUGUGUUGUACUUAACAACAGUUACAUGUUAUACUACAUCUGCCCCAUGCACACUCUUUUCACUCUUAUGGUUUAUGGAGCACUCGGUAUUCUCAACAAAUAUAACGAGUUUGGGUCGGUCAUUGCUGCAAAAAUUGGUGCUUGCUUCUUGGUUGUUAUCUUAGUAUGGGAGAUACCUGGAGUAUUUGAAUGGGUUUGGAGUCCAUUCACUUUCAUGCUCGGUUAUACUGAUCCUGAUCCAUCUAAAUCACAUUUUACCCGCUUGCAUGAAUGGCAUUUUCGCUCAGGGCUUGAUCGAUACAUAUGGAUAAUUGGAAUGAUAUAUGCUUAUUAUCAUCCAACUGUUGAACGAUGGAUGGAGAAAUUGGAGGAAACAGAAAUUAAACGCAGAAUAUCAAUCAAAGCUUCUGUUGUGCUAAUAUCUUCAGUGAUGGGUUAUUUAUGGUUCGAGUAUAUAUACAAGCUGGACAAGGUCACGUACAACAAAUACCAUCCUUAUACCUCAUGGAUUCCAAUAACGGUUUACAUAUGCCUGCGCAAUAUUACUCAAAGUUUCCGUAGCUAUUCGCUGACCCUUUUUGCAUGGCUCGGGAAGGUUACACUGGAGACUUACAUAUCCCAGAUUCAUAUCUGGUUAAGGUCAGGCAUUCCAGAUGGUCAACCCAAACUGUUGCUUUCCCUGAUCCCAGAUUACCCAAUGUUGAACUUCCUGCUUACUACUUCCAUAUAUGUUGCAAUUUCCUACCGGCUCUUUCAGCUGACCAAUACACUGAAAAACGCAUUUGUGCCUAGCAAAGAUGACAAGCGCCUGAUACACAACCUAAUUACUGGGACAACAAUCUCAGUUGUUUUAUAUUCGUUGUCCUUUCUCUUCCUUACGAUACCCCAAGUCUUGGUUUGAGUCUGUAAACAUGUACAUUAUAUAUUGCAAGCUUGUGCUAGUUUCCAAUGUACACUGAAAAAAGCUGUGCAACUGAUACUUGGUUUGUCAAGUCAAGUAAUUCAAAGAAAGAUGUAAGUCUUCACACUCCUCCAUGACCACCGCCCACAAAAAAAUCUACUAAAGGAAGAAGGAACCCUUUCUAAUAGGCUAGUUGCUGCAAUUUUUGAAAGUUGGAAGUUGUAUAGAAUAUAGGUGAGAAGAGGGCAGAGUGGAUGGCAUGUCUUUUAUUAGUUAUGCAACCUCAUUCUUUUUGUCAUUGUUGUAAAAUAAUAACGUCUGCAAUACCAUUUGCCAUUAUGUCAGUUAGGAGGGGGUAAGAGUUGGAGGAAAGUGGGGUGAAGGGAAAGAUAAGAGAAUCCCUCACUUUUUCUGGGAGUACUUAUGAGUAUUUUUUGUUGUUGUUGAGAUUAUAAUAAAUAGAAUUAAUGAAUUUGGAAAUUGAUUCAAAAUCAUCCAAAACCUUCCUGCAAUGCAUGUUUCUAGUUUUCCCA